AUGGCUGAUGCAGACGCAAUAGCCUCUGCUGUUCAUGAAGAGUUCAGCAAACUCCCCGCUAAACGAAAGCCCAGUGUCCGCGACAAUGGUCUUCAUGAAUGGGUUCCCAUGGCCGGCAUCGUAGCCAAAGGCGGAGACGCAAGCAUGGAACUGAUCAUGGCCGCCCAAGACGAUGCCUCGCCCUGGGAGAUUCCCUCCCCAGGACCAGGAGAUCUACCAACCCAAGCACAAACACCAGCACCGGUGCCAACAGACAACACCACCGCCCCCCUCCCCGGCCGCGCCUACUUCUCCCAACUCGGAAUUGUCCGCCGCAAGCCCUCGCGCGGCGACGCCCCACCGAGUUUAUCCAAGUCCUGCUCCGACAAGCUCGCCCUGAAGCAAGUGACCUCGCUUCUCUCCUCUCUCACCAGCACGCUAGUCUCGCCUACGAACGCAUACCUGUCCAGCGUCAUCUUGCCCGACUAUCAGUACUCCGCUGCAGCAUGUAAGAGGUGUUUUUCUUCUUCUGUUACUGAUGGGGGAAGAAUGGCGCCUUUACUUGAUGCCAGCGCGAGCGCGAGGCUGGAGGAUGCGGGAUAUGCGUUUCGGGAGUUUAGGGUUGAGACGACGGGGAUGGAGUUUGCAUUUUCUAGGAAGGCUAUACUUCCCUCCGGUUCUUCUUCGCCAGACACGGCGGAGACGAAGAAGCUCAUAGCAAGUAACCUCGCUACUUCAUGGACUCUCAACGGUCCACGCGAUGGAGAGGGCCUGGUGGGUGGCGUGUUGCAGGGCCGGAAGCAGUUUGAUCUGCGGGGAGCCAGUCUGAUGUCUCGGCGGAAGAUGUGGGCUUUGGCGAGGGAGGUUUGCUCGGCGACGGGGCUCGAGGAUGAUGGCGAGAUCAAGCGGGUCUUGGGAAGUAUGGACCUUGUUUAUGAUGAGAUCAAGAAUGGAAGUACCUUGCUUCAGGGGAGACGAAAGGCAAAGGAAGAGGCGAAGAGGGUGGCGUUGAAAGGGUGGGUGAGGAAUACCGGGGACGGGGGCUUUAAGCUUGAGUAA